AUGGAGGGGUAUGGGUUAGGGGUGGAUAAAGGAAGUGUCACAGUGUUGUACAAACUUAGAACCAUCAUGAUAGCAUUGCAGUGUCACUUCAACGGUUCCCGAGUAAUCGCCAAAUUCCGACGGCCAAUACUUUUUGAGGAUCCUUAUAUAAAGUUACUAUAUAUCUCUAUCCGGAAUGACCUACUUUGGAAAUGCAACAUCGCGUAUAUCGCUGUCUGUAAUGGACUGCCAUUUGCCGAUCAAUUGGCCGCCAAUGAUGUGGACAAUAGCCAUAAAUGGGUCGUAUUGUGCGCCGGGAGUAACGGAUGGGAGAAUUAUGCCGAUCAGGCAUUAGUAUACCGGGCAUAUCAUUUGUUCCGCUCGUAUGGCAUACCGGAGAGCAAUAUAAUUGUCAUGCAUUACGACGAUAUCGCACAUCACAGCAAAAAUCCUAACCCAGGGGUUGUCAUAAACGAAAUUGGAGGUAAAAAUCUGUACCAUGAUAUUCCCAAAGAUUAUAUCGGCACCAAUGUUAACCCUACGAACUUUUUGGGAGCAAUUAGUGGUGACCCAGAGUUAGUGAAGAGAGGCAAGAAAGUGGUUAAAAGUGGGCCAAACGAUCACGUGUUUGUGUAUUUUGGCGAUCAUGGUUCCCCUGGAAUGGUUGAAUUUAACCAUGGCAAAGUUUUAUACGCUACUGACUUAAUCAAAACAUUACAAAGUAUGCACCUGAUGAAAAAAUACGCCAAACUUGUUUUUUACAUUGAUACAUGUAGUUCUGGCUCCAUGUUCAAUAAAGUACUACUGGAUAACAUUAAUGUGUACGCGGUCACUUCGUCACUCCCAGAUGAAACAAGCAACUUUUUAACGUAUGACGCCAAACUGAAAACAUAUAAAACUUACGAUCUGGAAAAGGAGACCUUUGAUGAACAAUAUAAGUAUUUAGCCGAUUGGGUUAAAGUUGGUGAAGAUGAUUAUCAACAUGCACAACAUUACGGCAAUUAUAGCCUAGGUCAAUUGCAUAUUGCUGAAUUUUUAGGCCAUAAACAAAAAGGAUUGUUAAAUGUCCCUGCUAAUAAACACAUUCAAAAUAGUGAAACUGUUAGCAAAUGGGAUGUGGCACUAAAUUUAUUGGAAAAACGUAUUAACAGUACCAGCGAUAAUAAUGAGAAAUUAGGUUAUGUGAAUGAAAUGCAGAGACUGUUAAAUGGCAGGCAAUAUGUUGAUAAACACAUUAUUGAUUACGUGAUUAGUAUUCAACACUUACUGACAGUCGAUAGUAAUGUCAUAUUAAAUGCUAAACUAGAACUCAAUGACAGACAAUGUUAUCGAAAAUUUGCGGACACUUUCAAUGAAAAUUGCUUUGAUUUGACACAAGAUACUUACGUUUUACGCAAAUUACAAGUAUUUGUGAAUAUUUGUGAAACAAUGCGUGAAUCGAGUGAUGCGGACAUCGCUGUCAACCAAUUGAUACAACACUGCAAUAUCACCAAAAAGAAAAGUUACAUAGACUUUAAUCCCCAGGUAUUGGUGGGUGGUGUUGAAUUAGCUGCCGCUGGAGUGAUCAAAGUGCCUAAAAGCUGGACUGGCAACAUUAUGCCAUAUAGAAAAUAUAUUAUAGCAAUGCCCGCCAAUGCCCAAUUAUGCACGCUUUGCUCUUUUAUGUUCCGAAACCAUUUGCCCGCCAAUGUUAAUGUGUACGCAUCCACAUCAUCCGAUUACGACGAGCUCAGUUGGUUUUACAUCUACGAUGAUAAAUACAAAACUUAUAUAAGCUCAUUCUUUGCUGACAACUGGCUGGACAAUGAGAAACUGAACACAAAAUGA